ACAACAGCGCAGCUCUAUCAUGGCAAAUAAGCUUACCCUGGCAUUGCUGCAGCUACCCGUAGGCACCGAUGUUGUGACAAAUGUGAGAGAGGCAGUGAGGUGUGUUGGCGAGCUAAAGGCCGAAAAUCCACUGCUGCAACUGGCCAUACUACCGGAAAGCUUCAACGCCCCAUACGGUGUGGAGCACUUUGCCAAAUAUGCGGAGCGCGUACCGGAUGGGCAGACAUGUCGGGCACUGUCGCAGCUGGCCCGGCAGCUGGGCAUCUACAUAAUUGGGGGCAGCAUAAUUGAGCGCGAUGGUAAUCGGCUCUACAAUACAUGCACUGUGUGGUCACCUACUGGCCAGCUAAUUGGCAAACAUCGCAAGAUUCACCUUUUCACAAUGAGCAUUGAGGCGGCCAAUGGCGGCGGCGUGCAGUUUGAUGAGGCAGCUGUGCUCACAGCAGGCGACGAUGUGACUGUUGUCGAGAUUGGGCAGCACAAGGUGGGCCUUGGCGUCUGCCACGACAAGCGGUUCGAGGAGCUGGCACGCAUCUAUCGUAGCAUGGGCUGCUCUAUGUUGGUGUACCCUUCUGCUUUUUGCAUCUGUCAGGGUCCCAUGCACUGGGAACUCUUGCAACGCGCACGCGCCACAGACAAUCAACUAUUCGUGGUCACCUGCUCGCCGGCGCGCAAUAAUAUGUCUGGCUAUGUGGCUUAUGGUCAUUCCAUGAUCGUAGAUCCCUGGGCGCGAGUGCAACGCGAAGCUGGAGAAGGGCCUGAGCUGAUUGUAGAACAAAUUGACUUUGACUUGGUCGAUGAAGUUCGCCGCCAAAUACCCAUCAACAAGCAGCGACGGACCGAUGUCUAUACUAGGGCACAGAAGCAGUGACGGAACGGAUUGCAAAACCUACAAUGAACCACUUUUAUAAACAACGAAAAAGCUAUGAAUUGUACAUAAUAAAUGCGAGGCAGUGAGCAGCUCAGCACUUUA